AUGCACAAGCAGCUGCAAGGUCAAGAAGACCCGACCGGAGAUGCACGUAGGGCAGGAAAGUCCCUAAGGGCCUCAUCCACGAAUACCCAGCAGUACGCGAACUCUACAACCGAAGGCGAGUCAAACACAUCGAACUCGAAGCCUCCUACCUACAAGCUGGUCAACGACAAAGCAGACCACGAUGACGACUUUCUCCUGCUGGCAGGAACGCCGGAGCCUGGCUAUCUCGUCCCUACAAAGAAGCGCUUCUUUACAGGAUGGCGCAUGGGUGCGCUCGCAUCGGCUACCUGCGCCAUAUUGGUGUUCAGCAUGAACCUCGCCGUCACAAUGUGGGUCUGGAAGAACCCCGAUUACGAGCAUGCGAAUGGCGUUGGGACAUUAUUCCAAGGCAGCUGCUCUACUGUUAGAGAAGUGAAUGUCUACGUCCACCUGGUCGUGAAUAUACUCAGUACCUUAUUGUUGUGCAGCUCGAACUACUGCCAACAGAUCCUCGCCGCACCAAAUCGAGAAGAGCUGGGGCGUGCGCACUCACGGCGAAACUGGCUGCACAUCGGCGUUCCUAACCUCCGCAACCUAUGGCAUGUUGGAUGGGAUCGCUCCGUAUUGUGGAUUUUGCUGUUUCUCUCGUCUGUACCGCUACAUUUGUUAUUCAACUCUGUUGUCUUCACAAAUGUACAGGCAAAUGAGUAUGCUGUUAUACCGACGACGCUUGACUGGGUAACGUCUACGCAAGACGUUUACGACACUUCCGGCUUCCUGAACGUCAGCAUGAAUGCAACAGAGGCGAUCUCCUCAACGAUUAGGGACCAAUAUAGAUUUGACCCCUCUGAUGCGGUCGCGUUAAGGAAUGGCAGCACGAUGCCCAAAUACAGGAAUGUUACCACAUCAGAUGUCUCAAAGCAUACGGUACGCAGUAUGUAUCAGCAGUUGGGAAUUUAUACUUGA